AUGGAGGCGGAUUUGGUGGUGAUUGGCGGCGGGAGUGGCGGCUUGGCGGCAGCGAAGGAGGCGGCGAGGCUGGGUGCCAAGGUCGUGUGUUUUGACUAUGUGGAGCCGUCACCGCAGGGUUCCAAGUGGGGUCUGGGCGGGACGUGUGUGAACGUUGGUUGCAUUCCGAAGAUCAUCAUGCACAACUCGGCCAAGUUGGGACAAUUGAUGGACCAUUCAGCGGCCCCACUUGGCUGGAGUGGUACUGACGGUCUGACAUUCGUCUGGCAGGACCUGGUAAAGACGGUUCAACUUUACAUCAAGCAACUUAACUUCUCAUACCGACGUGGCCUUCGCAGCGCCGGUGUAGAGUAUAUUAACGCUAAAGCUACACUCCUCGCCGCCCCCGAGAGAGCCCAGUCGGGCGCCAAGUCUGGUCGAGUGGUGGAGUAUACACUCAAGGGCGAGCGGAAGGAGGUGCGGGCGAAGUGUGUUUUGGUAGCCGUGGGUGGACGGCCGUACAUUCCACGGGACGUUCCCGGUGCGGUUGAGUUGGCCGUGACGAGUGAUGACUUGUUUAGUUUAUCGCGCGAGCCGAAGAAGACUUUGGUGGUGGGUGCGUCGUACAUUGCACUAGAGUGCGCGGGGUUCCUGACACACCUGCGUUAUGAUGUAACCGUGUGUGUACGCUCCAUAGUGCUUCGCGGUUUCGACCGACAGUGUGCGGAACACAUCCAGUUGGUGAUGAAGGAACAAGGCACCAAGUUCCUGGAACACGAACAAGUAGUGUCGCUACAACGCGUGGGCGAGCCGGAUGUGGCCGCUAGCGACCUAGCCGGAGACCGUGGGGCGGAUACGACGUCCAAUACGACCGCCGACGGUGGCGACAAGAUCCUCGUCCGGUUCGCAUCCGGACGCGAAGAAAUGUUCGACACAGUGGUCUACGCCGUCGGGCGCCGCGCAUGCACCCAAAGUCUCGGCUGCGAGGCCGCCGGCAUCGCCAUGCACCCCGCAUCUGGCAAGAUUGUGGUCGACGAGCUAGAGCAAACUUCCGCACCCGGUGUCUACGCCAUUGGAGACGUCUGUCACGGCCGCCCGGAACUAACUCCCGUUGCCAUCAAGGCCGGCGAAUUGCUCGCCAGGCGCCUCUUUGGAGGCGCCAACGAACCCAUGGUUUACACAAAUAUACCCACGGUUGUCUUCACCCCAAUAGAAUAUGGCUGCUGCGGACUUUCUGAAGAAGAUGCCAUCACGAGAUACGGUCAAGACAAUAUCGAGGUGUUCCUCUUCGGCUUCAACUCUGUGCCCGUUUCCGCUUGUCACUGGAAAAAGGCACUCUCAACCCGCAAAGACGAAUUUGACCUGGAUGUCACCCCCCUUAAUCUCAGCAAAAUCAUCUGCAAGAAACCUGACAACAAAAUCGUUGGCUAUCACUGCAUCGCCAUGAACGCUGGAGAGACAACGCAGGGUUACGCGUUGGCGCUGAAGUGUGGGUUGACCAAGGACGAUUUGGACGCAGUCGUGGGUAUCCACCCGACUGACGCAGAGUCGUUCCACUCAAUGACGAUCACUCGUCGCAGCGGCGAAAGUUUCAUGGCUGCUGGUGGCUGCGGUGGUGGGAAGUGUGGAUAG